CCCGGAGGGGAGCCCUGUCCCGCCCCCGCCCCCGCCCGCAGCCGCGGCCGCACCUGCCUCGAUAUGAAUGGGGUCAGCGACCCACCUCUCUUUAUAAAAGACAUUAAGCCCGGACUGAAAAACUUAAAUGUCGUCUUUAUUGUCCUGGAGAUAGGACGCGUGACCAAAACCAAAGACGGCCACGAAGUGAGAUCCUGCAAAGUAGCAGAUAAAACGGGCAGCAUCACGAUCUCCGUGUGGGAUGAGAUCGGAGGGCUCAUACAGCCGGGGGAUAUUAUUCGGUUGACCAGAGGGUAUGCAUCCAUGUGGAAAGGGUGUUUGACACUUUAUACUGGAAGGGGUGGAGAACUUCAGAAAAUUGGGGAAUUUUGUAUGGUUUAUUCAGAAGUGCCAAAUUUCAGUGAACCCAACCCAGACUAUCGAGGACAACAGAGCAGAGGGGCACACAAUGAACAGAAGAGUAAUUCCAUGAAUAAUAAUAUGGGUACAGGUACAUUUGGACCAGUGGGAAAUGGGGUUCAAAGUGGCCCAGAAUCAAGGGGAUGCCAAUUUUCAUAUGCUGGUAGAAGCAAUGGCCGGGGACCUACAAAUCCACAGCUACAAGGAACUGCUAAUAAUCAGACAGUCAUGACCACAAUAAGUAAUGGCAGGGACCCUCGGAGAGCCUUUAAAAGAUGACCUAUGCCAAAUAUUCACAUGUAGUUUUUAAACUACGUGCCCUACUUGAACACUUAUUGCACUUUUAUUUAUCGUUAACUGUGAAAACUAUGUCCUUUAUCAGUUUCCUUUUUGUUUUUCAUUUGUUAACAAGAGUGGUUUGUUUUUAUAGCAAAACUGUUAAGCUGCUCAAGUCUCCUGUUGAAGAAUUUGAAGAAUGGGAACACUCUGAAAAGUAGGGGCAUUUAUUUUUAGAGCAAAAAGAUCCGUGGUUAUCCUCUAAAAAACAUGCACCCAUUUCAUGGGUGAGUUCCUUAAGACGUCAGCAUUAUAGCCUCUAUGAGUCUAUUUUCCGUAUACAUUUUGUAAUAUUUAAAAUAAGGCUUAGUGGGAGAUGUUCUUUCGUCUUAAAUUCAGGUAUUGCCAACUAAAGCAAUAACCACCAACAAAACCCACAAAAACCCAGUCAAUGCUAACAGCAGUUUUUGAGUGUUUGUGACUCCAGGAGUGACCGACUUCUUCAUUGAUUGAAUGACUGCCAUUAAGAUUUUCCAAGGACUGAAUCAUUCUAAACUCUUGUUUUAUUACCAAAAAUAUAUAUAUAUAUAUUCUUUAUCAGAAUUACGGAAUAGAAUGAGAACUGUAUUAUAACACGUAAUUUUUAUAAGAAAGCUGCAUUUAUUUUAGGGUAGUCCUGUUAAUAUUUGUUAGCAACUUUGUGCAUUACACUGAAGGGAAGUUUAAAACUGAGGCCUUGAAUAUUUAUUUUUUGAAACUACCGUGUCAAAUAUUAACAUAUAAUUUGAGGGAGUUAAAAAGUCAUAAUAAACAUUGAUCUGAUUAUUUAAAAAAAAAAAAAACAUGGUAGCUAAAGAUGAAGGCAAUUCAAAUUGAAUUCAUGUAGAAAAUAUGCAGUCUUAAAGUUAGAGUCCUGGGUACUCGCAGAAACACAUCCUGGAGUGAAAAUCCUAGGUACUUAACCUUAUUUGAAGAGUGUCUGUAUGUAUGUGCGUGUUGUCAAAGUUUCUGAACACAAUUCACAAAGCCUUAUCAGCAAAAGUUAAAUGGCUCUCUCUAAGAAGUGAAUACAGCUUUAUUCAGAAAUGUAAAGGUAGAGUUUAUUUAUGUGUUGUAAAUGGUCCCCAGUUCCACUUUUUACUGCAGAGUGGAAAAGUGGUAAAUUUUUCCUUUGUUAAAAACUCAGUCCUUCAAUAUUAUCUCUUGAAUAAAACUUGCAUUAAUGUUAA